AACCUGUUGUUGUUUUGCUUGCGAUGAAAUCUGUUAUCAAACCGCGAAAAGAUAACAUUUAAUUGCAGCAAUAUGAGCAAAACUAGCAACAUCAUGCGUUUGGCGCUGCUGCAGCUCAAGGGUUCCAAGGACAAAGUGGCCAAUGUCCAAAACGCCGUCACCAAAAUCGAGGCGGCGGUCAAGGAGCAUAAACCCCGAUUGAUCACUCUGCCGGAGUGCUUUAAUGCUCCAUACGGCACCAAGUACUUUCGGGAGUACUCCGAGACCAUUCCCGAUGGCUAUACCUCGCAACAGCUCUCCAAUUUGGCCAGGAAGCACCAGGUGUACAUCGUGGGCGGAACAAUCCCUGAACUGGGCGAAAACGAUGCCAUCUACAACACCUGCACGGUUUGGUCACCCACUGGUGACCUUGUGGCCAAGCAUCGCAAGAUGCAUCUCUUUGACAUAGAUGUCAAGGGUGGCAUUCGCUUCAAGGAGUCGGAAACGCUGUCCGCAGGCAAUGAUUUCACCAUCAUCAACGUAGAUGGCCACAAGAUUGGCAUCGGCAUCUGCUACGAUAUUCGAUUCGAGGAGAUGGCGAGGCUCUAUCGCAACGCAGGCUGCGAGAUGAUCAUCUAUCCGGCUGCAUUCAACAUGACCACUGGUCCACUGCACUGGGAGCUAUUGCAGCGAUCCCGUGCCAAUGACAACCAACUCUUUGUGGUCACAACAUCACCAGCCCGUGACACAAGCGCCGAGUAUGUAGCCUAUGGCCAUUCCAUGGUGGUGAAUCCAUGGGCCAAGGUGCAGCAGAGUGCCAGUGAAGGCGAGGAAAUCGUGGUGGCCGAUAUAGAUUUCUCCGAGGUGGAGCAGGUGCGUCAGCAGAUUCCCGUCUUUGGGCAAAGACGUCUAGAUCUGUACGCCACCGAAAGGAAGGCCAAAUAAAGGAUUGCUUUAAAUGGGAAAUGGGAAAUCUUCAAAAAUUCAAGAAUCUGUCGUUUUAAGCACCUUUAAAGCAUUGCAUUUAUGUUAUUUGAUUGUAUAUAAAAUUUAUUAGGCCUACACACACAUAUAACAUUGAUUUCUGUCG